AAUAUCUCCGGUUGGUGAAGUUACCAUUAGCAACUGGGCAGCGCCCGGAUUGACUCCUUCCGCCGCCGCUGUUGAUGUCGCGCUGCCAAACACAGUGAACUCGACAGCACAGGACUGGAAAAACUACUGGAUGAUUUGCUGUUGAGGUGCUAGUGAGGCCGGCGAUGGUUCACACAUAAAGUCACGCUGAGCGGCUCUGCCAUGCUGCCGGGAGUCGGUGUAUUCGGCACAGGGAGCACAGCCCGAGUGCUGGUCCCACUGCUGAAAGCUGAAGGGUUUGAGGUUCAUGCACUCUGCGGGCAAAGCGAAGAGGAAGCGUGUUGCUUGGCAAAGGAGCUCAGCAUUCCGUUUCACACCAGCCGAUCUGACGACGUCCUGCUGCAUCAAGAUGUUGACCUCGUCUGCAUCUAUAUUCCACCAUCAAUGACAAGGCAGAUAGCAGUCAAGGCACUGGGUAUAGGAAAGAAUGUUGUGUGUGAGAAAGCUGCAACUGCUGUGGAUGCAUUCAAGAUGGUGACUGCGGCCAGAUACUACCCACAGCUGCUCAGCAUUAUGGGUAACACCCUGCGCUUCCUGCCAGCUUUUGUUGCGAUGCGCCAGCUGCUGGUGGAGGGAUAUGUGGGCGAAUUGCAGGUGUGCGACGUCCGAGUGUACGGUCCGAGCCUGCUGGACCAGUCGUACGGCUGGACCUGUGAGGAGCUGAUGGGAGGAGGCGGUCUUCACACUGUUGGUUCCGCUAUCAUCGACCUUUUAAGUUAUCUAACAGGCGCCCGGGCCCACCGUGUGCACGGUUUACUGCGGACCUUCGUGCAACAAAACGGUUUGAUCCGAGGCAUUCGCCGCGUCACCAGUGACGACUUCUGUUUCUUCCAAAUGCUGAUGGGUGAGACCGGGUCCAGAAGCGUGUGCUGCACUGUGACCCUAAACUUCAACAUGCCGGGGACAUUUGUGCAUGAGGUUAUGGUAGUUGGAUCCAGUGGGAGAUUAAUUGCCAGGGGGACAGAACUUUAUGGUCAACGCAAUGGGAGUAAAAGCGAGGAGCUGUUGAUAGGCGACAGUGGGUGGGUGGGACCAGAGGUGAAAGAGAUGCCCCUACCUCUCCUGCAGGGCCUGAGCUCCAUGGUGAAGGCACUGAGGCAGUCUUUUCAGGCUCACGAGGAGCGCCGAUGUUGGGCACAGGGACCAGUUGCCACUGCACCAACAUUUGAGGACGGUCUGUAUGUGCAGACGGUGGUUGAGGCAGUGAAGCGGUCUAGCUGCAGCGGAGAAUGGGAGUGUGUUGAGAUCAUGAGUCAUGAACCGGACCCGAACCAGAAUCUGUGCGAGGCUCUCCAGAGAAACAAAAUCUAGAUGUAUUUAUUCAUCGAGUGCGACUACUACGUGUUUGACAAAACGGAGCUCUGAAUGUUUCGAGUCCGCUGCUUUGGCCUUUUGUGAUGCGUGACUACUUUGCUUUUUUUUUUUUUUUUUUACACUGUCACAUUUUGAACAGAAUUUUUUUUAUUUGAAUGAAUAGGACUGCAUUGUGGAUGCUUGAACCCUCACAGAUGUGAUUUGUUUGUACACUAAAAACCACAGCUCCAUUAUUCUGAUUCUUAGCAGAAAACAUUAUAAAAGCUGUAAAGCUUGUUUAAACGUGUUAAAAGCUGCCCGUACCCCACUGACAGAUAACCUCACACUGCCUUUAUUCUCCCUCGUAGCUUGAGGUCUUGAAGUGGAGUCAUGAGUGCAGAUUUCUGGCUAACAAAAGAGUACAUACCUACAUCAAAUAUUAGUCAACAGCAGAGGUGAGUAAUAAAACACAGCUGGAUGUCAGCUAACAAGCAGUUUCUUUUGAUUUAUGGAUACAUAAAAAAUUUACAAAGCUCGAAUAACUGCAUUACCCCUGGUGUGGGAAGUUUUUUUCCCCCUGAUUAUUGGCUAAAAAGUUGGCAUUCUCGAACUUUUUGGAGCCAGGGUCACUUUCCAAGGAUUCCUUUAUAAUCCUGACACCAAAUUAGCAGGUUUGGGCAUCACUUGACAGUUUGGACUGAGGCAGAUAUUUCUUUGACCACCAGCUGGCUCACUGGCUGAUCAGUCAUAUCUGAGUUUGUUUUGGCCCACUGAUAAUGUUAGGGAGUGUAAUGGGUACAGUAUGCUUGUUUUACCAACAUUAAUAGUACCAGCGUGUAUAUACGCCCUUUUUGAUGAUACAGCACAGUUUUAGGAUUUAUAGGUUAUUAUUUUGUGUAGCCCUUAGCUCUGGGUCAAGGAUCCUUUCCCCCACCUUGUGAAUCCUGGACUUAAAGUGUCAGCUUGUUGGGUGGAGUUCACCAGCUGAUGGUGUACCAGCGCUGUGAAUCCAAAAAUAGAUCCCUGUGCUAAAUGUUUUGUACUGUAGUUACAGAAAGGUUUGUUCAGCACCAUUUUUCCAGGCUAUUAAUGAUGCUGUUUAUUGCUGUAGGAUGUAGUCAAACUGGGACACUGUGUGAUUCUCUACUGUAGAUACAAUGUAGACUUUAAUAUGUUUGAAUGGAAAUAUAUAUUGGUGUUAAUACACACUAACAGCACCUUUUUUAUAAAAGAGGAAGUGUUUACCUCAGCCAUGAAUGUGACCAUUUGACAGAUUACUCUCCAGUGAAGCUAAACAAAUUCAGAAAAGUGUAAUGGAGCUGUGUUCAGUUUACCUUUUAUUUGAUCAUCUUAUAAUAAUCAUAUUUUGGACAUUUGAAAGGAUUGAGAGGCUUAGUAAUGUUUGUUACAAAAUGGCCAUGACUUAAUAAGAUGCCAGGGAUUGAGUAAAUAAGCUAUGUAGAGAAUAGAGUAACAGUUUGUAGCAUUGUCCCGUGAACAUACUGAAUUCCCCACUUUAAUUUCUAAUGAGUGAUCACUCCUGUAAGCUGAAAAGAAACUGUGGAAAGUGUGCAGUUCCCUGCUGCACAGAUAGAGCAGCAAUCACAGUUUUACCAAAGUACAUUAUAAAACUUCAAAAUAAAAGCUCUACUUUAGGAUGGGUGAUUCAGACAUGUCAUGUUAGAUAUUUGGCUUAUGCCUCAGGGAGGCGUUUGUAUAUAUGCUUGGCACCUGUUUUCUACUUUACACUGAUAAGGAUGGAGACGUUUACCAUUUUAAACUGAUAUUUUGAAUCAUAACUGUCCGUUAAGCUUGAAAAGAGGUUGAAAAAAAUUUGUAGCUUGCUGCUUAACAGGCAGAGCAGAAGCAAAAGACAAGGAAGAAAUCGUCCAAGUGAGAGAGCUCUUUCAUGUGUAUUGUCAUAGGCAGUAUAAAAGGUGAACGCAGCUUUCAGGUCUGAAAAUUGAAGCCAACCUGGAAGUGCCUUAAAACUGCAUUAUUUUAAAAGGCAAAACCUGCAGUUGCAAAAAAAAUCAUGGCCCUGUAGAAGCCCUCAGAGCUGUGACCUGUGUAAACACUUUCCUGCUGAGUCACUCAUUUUGGGUCACAUUAGUCAAUCAAUAGUAAGUCUGUUUUCUAAAUUUUGGUCGUUUGUAUCAAAAAAAGAUUAUUCGGGUAUGAUUCGUAGCUAACAGCUUGUGAUUGACAAGCUAUUAUGACAUGAUGAGCAUCCAGCCCUUCAUGGGUUUUAAAAAAAAAAUAAAAAAAUUGCUAAUGAUGAAAAUGCUCAUCUCCAGUGGGUGUUAUCACUGUGGCUAUGUCCAUCUUUUAUACUGUCCAUGGUCAUAGACUUAUGAAAGUAUAUUAUAAAACUUCAAAAUAAAAGCAUUACUUAGGGAUGCUUAAGGAGAAUGAUUCCCAC